AGAAGCUUCUCGAAAACAAAGCAAUUGGGUUGUUGCAUUUGCGCGGUUAAAUAUAAAUGUAUAGUAUAGACACAUUUUAUUGACUACAUUGGUGCUCUUUAAAUUAUCAAAUUCGCUUUUUAUUUUGUUGAAAAUUUGACAAAGAAGAACAAAGAGAUCAUGCAACAGAACAACAAAGGAAGGUAUACAAAUCGACCAAUCAUUACCCCUUAAAGAGAUAUCCAGAACAUAGCCUCACUUAGCUGUCAUUGUCAAUAGGUAAAACGAGGUCCAUCUUUCAAGAUAUCAAUCAGGAAUAAGUACUUAAGAGAGGAUGUUUCUCAUUGAUGAUUAUAGUCCACGACAUACAGUUGAAAUGAGGGACGAAUUGAUAGUUCCAUAUUUGAUUACACGCUUCUACACGGCUGGAGAAAACAAAACAAUACACGAUCCGGAUUUCAUGCAGACAUUCAAGAGAGCUUACUUGCAUGUUAAUGCAAAGGGCAUGUCUGAACCUUACAUGAGACACCCACUAGGUGAUGUCUACAAAGAGCAAGACAACUUGAUUAUUUUAGAAACGAACAUUGCAGGAAAAACAACGAAUGGAUCCAAGAGACAUUGCCACAAUUGCAAAACUACGUCUACACCAUACUGGCGUCGUUCAAAACUGUACGACAAGCUCGACUGCUGCAACGCGUGUGGAUUGUAUGAAAGACAUCAUUUAGAAAGUAGACCUAUAUACUUGAAGCCAAAUGGCGAGCGCCUGAAGAUAAGAAAGGAUUGUUUGCUGGGGUAUACGAAAUAAGCCAGAAUAAUGCCAUGAAGACCCUAAAUAGAUACUCUGUCAUUGCCAAAAUAAUGCGUGCAUAUUAAGUAGCCAUUUCCAAACCAGAGGAAAGCAGCGGCUAUGAGUGCAACUAUCCCAGCUUUAUACGAGUGUGGUCCUAUAUCCAAUCCCUCGCUGUCCGCAACGACGGAGCAGAUACCGAUAGUAGUGAGUAAGCAACUGAAUAAUCCCAAGCAGACGUGCAACGGAUGCACCUUCUUAUGCCCAUCCUCAUAUAUGCGCUUAAGCCUACCGAGGCUCAUGAUGGCGUUGAACAAAGACUGUGUAUUAGUUUAUGUUACUAUCUAGACAUCCAAAAAACUACUAAUCUUGCUUACACCACUACUUCGGUACUGCUCCGGUGUCCCAUAUGACGAAACUGCAGCGACCUUACUCUUUUCCUUUCAUUAAACUAUCAUGUCAAACUUACAAGCAGUAAACUUAUUCAAUAUCCAAGGAUGGGUAGCCGUCAUCACCGGCGGUGGUACAGGUGUUGGCAGAAUGAUGGCAACCUGCUUAGCACAGAAUGGUGCACGUGUUUACAUUACAGGACGUCGCCUUGAAAAACUUCAAGAAACAGCUCAAGGAUUUAGCAAUAUAUUCCCAAUUGUUGCUGAUUCCACUAAAAAGGAAGACAUUGAACGUAUUGUUGCAGAAAUUGGUAAAAAGGAAGACCAUGUUGAUGUCUUGAUUAACAACUCUGGUGUCACGACAGUGCAUGCUCAGUUGGAUGCAGAAGACAAUUCUCCAGAGGCAGUCAGUAAGCGCAUGUUCGAGCAAUCAUUUGAUGACUGGAAAGAUCCAUAUGCGAUCAACGUCGCUGCUAUGUACUUCACGACAGCGGCCUUCAUUCCGCUACUCGUGAAUGCUCAGAAGUAUAGAGAUGAAAGCGGUAACGUCAUAAACGUUACCUCUGUCUCUGGUAUUAUCAAAAACUCUCAAGAUGGUCAAUUCAGUUACAACUCUAACAAAGCAGCUGCAGUAUCACUCACAAACCAGCUCGCUUUGGAACUCGCCAGACCACACCUUGGUAUUCGUGUUAACCAACUCGCACUUGGUUAUUUCCCAUCUCAAAUGACAUCGAUCGAGACAGAGGGUGAGAAGGACCACUUUAGAAAAAACUGGAAUGUUCCAUUCGGUCGCGCAGGACGUGCAGAUGAUAUCAGCAAAGUUGUUCUUAACCUCGCUACGAACGGUUACCAAAGCGGAUCCACACAGGUUGUCGAUGGUGCAUACAUCCUCGCCAGCGAUCACCUCCACCUUGAUAAAUACGUCUAAUUGUAGCGAUAAUGAAUUUGACUUAGACUUUAAAACAGCUUUGAAGUUGUUUCAAAUAUCUAUUCUGAGGUAUAUUAAAAUAGUCGUCUACCGCCAAGGUUGUGGGGGUGAACUAAUGAAAUAGAAAUUGCGGACGAAGUGAAGAGUAAGUGAUAUACAAUGCCGAUAUGCAGUGUGAUGAUGCACCUUGGUCAUCCAUUAAACUGCCCUGAGUCAAUGCGGCGCCUUUUGCUGGUUUUGGAUGAUACUAAACGGCGAGUGGAGGUUUUGAUAUCGCAUUCGGAUGGUUAUAACAGCG